AUGAUGAUGGCGCUAACGUCAAUGCGCGAUUUAUCGCUGUUUCGCACUCGGGACGACGAAACGUUGGCCGGCUUUCGUUGCUGCCUUCUUCGCUUUCUACACAGUUUUGCUUUUCCUUACAUCUUCUCGACGAGCUCAGGCUUACAGCUUAGCCCCGCCGGUCCUCAAAGCCUUACUCGAUCGAGAACCCAAAUCGCUCGACUCGGCUCGCCCAGCCUCGUACUCAGCUGCCAUUCUCCGCGCCGACGGCCCAACGAUGUCAUCGGCGAUGCCCAACUCGCUUCCGAUCUUUGAUCUUCUCUGCGUCGGCUUCGGCCCCGCCAGCUUGGCCUUGGCUGUAGCCUUGGUUGAACAGAACCAACAAGCACAAUUGGUGACGCCCAACGUCUACUCGUCGCUAGGAGGCCUACAAGAGGCGCUUCGCGAUGGCUCGGAGCUUCGCAAUCGAGGGUUGGAGCUGAACGCUGCGAGUGCCGAUCCAGCAGAUCGACCUGGUAUCAAGGUACGAUCCCGGGGACCACACUUAUCUCGAACCCAGAUCAUUCUGAUUAUGCAUCACUCACGCCGCAAAUAUCGCUCACACAGUCAACGUCCGGCCCGAUAAAGGUUUGCUUCAUCGAGAAGCACGACACGUUCCGAUGGCACCCUGGCAUGAUGCUCGAUGGCAGCACAAUGCAAAUAUGUAAGUCAAUCGAACUCGGCAUGGGUGCUGGUAGGCGGUCGCGCCCAUCAUUUAGUGAACGUUUGCUCAACGAGCAAGCGCUUUUGAGCUGAGGACGUGUCGGCGUCUUGGAAGCGGAAAUGGUGCCGAGGAGGCUGAAUCGGAGAUUGCCGUUGUCUCACAGCUUUUCUCAAGGAUCUAGCGACCUUGCGCAACCCCCAAUCGGCCUAUACGCUCCUCUCGUACCUCGCUUCCUUCACACCCUCUCGUCUCGUCUCCUUCAUCUCUCGCGAAACUUUCACACCGAGCCGAAGAGAGUACACCGAUUACCUUGCAUGGGCCGCACGGAAGGUCGAGGCCGAGCUCGAGAGUCAGAACGGCGAAUUUGGUUACGGCGAGGAAGUCGUUGGUGUCGAGGGCGUUGUGGAAACAGGUGCCGACGUCAAGCUGGUCAAAGUCACCUCGCGAAAUGUGGCCACGGGAGAGUUGAAGCAGCGACUGGCGCGAAAUCUCGUCCUCUCGACCGGUGGUAACGCGCGACUACCGAAGGCGCUCAAUACACCCGAAAUUCGAGCAACAGGCCGUGUGAUUCACUCGUCCGUCUUUUUGGAUCGCGUCCAGGGCAUCAUCGACUCUUGCCUGUCGUCGCUGCCGGCCUCGAGACCUCUCAAGUUCGCCUCGUUCGGUUCGGGCCAAUCGGCCGCCGAGACCUUCCUCGCCGUCAGCCGCGAGCUGGCCGCUCGCCUUCCCCACGACAUUGCCCACCGACCUGAAAUCACCCUCUUCAUUCGCAAGGCGACAUUACGCCCCGCGGACGAUUCUCCUUUCUCGAAUGAAGUCUUUGAUCCUGCCAUGUCGCAAGCCGUUUACGGGCUCGAGCCAAGGGGACGGCAGAUCGUCAUGAGCGACGCCAAGGCGACGAACUAUUCUGUGGUCAACCCAAAGACACUAGUGUCCAUUUACGAGGCGAUGUACGCCCAGCAGGUCGAGGAGGACAUCGCCAAGCGUGACGGAACACUCGACUCGCUCAAACGGUUUCCUAAGCUGAUUAUUCACCCGUAUACCGAGCUUGUUGGCGCCACGACUUCGGGUUCAUCAUCUUCCUCGUUGACGCUUGUACUAAGGAACCUGGUCACCUCGACGGUGCAUUCGGAAGAGUUUGAUGCCGUCGUUUGCGGUACUGGAUACGAUCGACAGGCAUGGAAGGGGCUGCUGUUCUCAAAGUCGGCAGAAGGCUUGACAGCCACCCCUUCCGAGACUGUGCCCCUUGCUACUUUAUUUGAGCGAGUACAGACGACCUCCUCGCUUGACUGGCCCUCCCCAUCGGAAGCUCUUCCCGCCUCCGACUUGUCCGAUCGCUCCCAGAGUCAUUCUCGCGAAACGACAUCGACAGACGACAGUCCUCUCUUCUCCAACUCGGCCGUCUCGUCGAGCGCAGCGUCAUCCCCUGCCCCGUCGCGAGGGUCGUAUCAAAAGGCGGAUGAAACCUCCUCCAACGAUUACGGCGUUACCGAGAGCUACCGGCUACGUUUGCCCACCAAGACCGUGGACGGUGGCGAAUUUAAGCCCCGGGUCUGGCUGCAGGGCAGUUGCGAGUCGACUCAUGGAAUCAGUGAUUCUCUCCUGAGGUAAGUCAGCGGCUCCUAGCUACGAUGUCGCCGUACGCUGCCGGUACUGACAGAAGCUGAUAUGAUUGCCACAGUGUACUUUCUGUUCGUUCAGGCGAGGUAGUCGCCGAUUUUAUGAAGGAGGGCUCGUUUGCCUGA